GGUGAGCGGGACACCAUGCAGGAUCCUCCAUCAGUAGUACGUCAAACAGGAGGAGGGAGUCAGUGGAAGACGUUCUCAUAAGAAUAUCACCUCCUUGGCAUUUCAGCUUCCACGCCCCGCGUUAUCCCCACCGUGCUCCCCCAGUGCCCGCCUUUGUUCGCAUCACAACAAUCCCACAACAGAUGGUGCUCUGCUUGGGAAUCGAGUGUCAGCCACCGGCUAGCAACCAAUCGCCUGCUCGCGAAUCAGCUGACUCGCCUGGACAGCGCCAGGUGCUGUCAUCUAAUUUUCCUUGGCGACGCUGCACGGGCUCCACAGUAACAAGGAGACACGGCGGAUGGGAGCCAGUCAGCGGAUUCCCGUUGCAAGGAUCCAUGCAAAACCUGACCAUGCGUUUGACGAAGGUUGCACAUGAAUAUUCGCGGAGUGGAUGUAAAGAAACAAUGCCACUAUAAAGCAGUUCAAUAUAUGGAACUUAUGAGCGACCUGAUGGUAUUUAUUAUCUAUGGAUUUUCUUUCCUUGCUCAUUCGCAAGAAUAUAGAUACCGUUUCUAGAAACUGAAAGUACAUGAAGCAGUCGGAGCGGAGGGAGGACUUCAAUGCCAUUUGGAGCGUACAGGCUGGCAAACCAAAGAGGCCAACUCCCCAGUCCAAGGUUCAUGCUGUAAGAAAGUGUCAAACCUGUGAAGAAGUUUCAAACCUAUAUGAGCCCAUGGGAACUACGCCCUUUUAAAUCUUUUGGAAGCUCUUUUGACUCUGCUUUUUUACAAGCUGUCAGAGGGAUAAAAGGGUUAUUCUGCAACACUUCUAUUGAAUGAGAAUCUCACCUAACAAUCUUUUUGGCGCUAUUGGAAUUCCAGCUCAGAUCUGAGAAGAUAAACACUUACAGUCAGAAUGGCAAGAGGGACUUUCUUUUUUGUUUUGCAGGGCCAGAUUUGUUUCUUCCUGCUUCUGGCUUCACUUGGCCUCUCUUCAGUUCAGAGUACAGAAUGUCCGCCGCUUUGUGUGUGCGAGAUCCGGCCUUGGUUCACACCCCAGUCCACUUACAGAGAAGCAACUACUGUUGAUUGCAAUGACCUUCACCUUACACACAUCCCUGGGAACCUUUCAGCUGACACGCAGGUGUUACUUCUGCAAAGUAACUACAUUGCCAGAACUAGUGAGGAACUGGAGCAGUUAUUGAAUCUCACAGAACUUGACCUGUCCCAGAACAACUUCAGCAACAUCCAGGAUAUUGGCUUGACCAACAUGUCACAACUCACAACGCUUCACCUGGAAGAGAACCAAAUAGUCGAGAUGCCUGACUUCAGUUUGCAAGAUCUCACCAAUCUACAGGAGCUGUACAUUAAUCACAAUCAGAUCAGCUCCAUUGCACCCAAUGCCUUCGCCGGAUUGCGUAACCUUCUGAGACUCCACCUGAACUCCAACAGACUCAAGGCCAUUGACAGUCACUGGUUUGAAUCAACCCCCAACCUGGAGAUCCUGAUGAUUGGGGAAAAUCCUGUGGUCGGCAUCCUGGAUUUGAACUUCAAACCUCUCACCAACUUGAGAAGUCUGGUCCUGGCAGGAAUGGAGCUCACUGAUAUCCCAGGCAAUGCAUUCAUUGGACUAGACAACCUAGAGAGUCUCUCCUUCUAUGAUAAUAAACUAGUUUGGGUGCCACAGACUGCUCUGCAGAAGCUUCCAAACCUGAAAUUUCUGGAUUUGAACAAGAAUCCAAUACAUAAAAUUCAAGAGGGUGACUUUAAGAACAUGCUGAGGCUGAAAGAACUUGGCAUUAACAACAUGGGAGAACUUGUGUCCAUUGAUCGCUUUGCCCUGGAUAACCUCCCAGAGCUGACUAAACUCGAAGCCACAAACAACCCCAAGCUUUCCUACGUUAGCCGUUUAGCAUUCCGUGACUUGCCAUCACUUGAAAGUCUAAUGCUCAAUAACAACGCUCUAAACUCCCUCUACCAAGCAACGACAAAUUCCCUGCCAAACCUGAGGGAGAUCAGUAUCCAUAGCAACCCGCUGCGCUGCGACUGUGUAAUUCAGUGGAUGAGCUCAAGCAAGACAAACAUUCGAUUUAUGGAGCCUCUUUCCAUGUUCUGCGCAAUGCCACUUGAGGUUAGAGGUCAGCGUGUGAGAGACGUACUUACUGGUGAAUCUAAAGGCCAGUGUCUGCCAAUGAUUUCUCAUGACACAUUCCCCAAUCAUCUCAACCUUGAUAUUGGGAUGACAGUAGAUCUGGACUGUCGUGCUAUGGCUGAGCCUGAACCAGAAAUAUACUGGGUGACCCCAUCUGGUAACAAAGUCAUGAUGGAUACAGUAUCCGAUAAAUAUCAACUUAACAGUGCAGGAACUCUGCGCAUAUACCACAUUCAGGUGGACGACUCUGGCCACUACACCUGUGUGGCUCAGAAUACAGAAGGAGCGGACACUCGGGUGACCACCAUUCGAGUCAACGGGACUCUUCUGGAUAGCACCCAGCUUAUGAAGAUCUACGUGAAACACACAGAGUCCCACUCAAUUUUAGUGUCCUGGAAAGUGAACUCCAAUGUCAUGAUGUCCAAUCUGAAGUGGUCAUCUGCCACCAUGAAAAUUGACAACCCUCACAUCACCUAUACGGCUAAAGUUCCUGUAGAUGUUCAUGAGUACAACCUCACACACCUUCAGCCAGCCACUGAGUAUGAGGUCUGUCUCUCAGUCUCCAAUAUCCACCAGCAGACCCAGAAGUCAUGCGUUAAUGUCACAACCAAGCAUGCUAUGUUUGCGGUGGAGAUCUCUGAGCAAGGCACCAAUACAGCUCUGGCGGCAGUCAUGGGCACAAUACUGGCCAUCAUCUGUCUGGGCUCAAUUACUGUAUACAUUGCAAAGAGAUGGAAGAGGAAGAACUACCACCACUCCUUAAAGAAGUACAUGCAGAAAACCUCCUCCAUCCCCCUAAAUGAACUCUAUCCUCCCCUCAUUAACUUAUGGGAGGCAGACAGUGAAAAGGACAAGGACGGUUCUUCAGACACUAAGCCAACGCAGGUGGACACAACAAGAAGUUAUUACAUGUGGUGAAGCUUGCCAGACAUUUUUUCUUCUUUAGAGCACAAAGACACAUCUUUGCUUAUUUGUGCUUAACAAAGACAUGGAUUUCCUUUUUUAUGCUUUGCUUACUGCAAGCAUCUAUUCAGACUGAUAUCUCUGACUUUUUAUUAGAGUGUAUUGCCUUUUCCUCUUCUCUGACUUUCAAUAUGGCAGCUUUGUUUAGCUUCCGAGAUAUGUUAGUAGCUGUGCUUUUUCUUUUUGUUCAUUAUAUUUUGAUAGCACAGCAUAGAUAAUGUAAAGGAUUGACUUUGGGUCGAUUGAUGCUGUAGCACUGUAUCUGAUCCGAUAUUGGUAUGUAUUUGGCAGUAUUCAUAGAGAUUGCAUUGUUUCUUUCUCUCUUUCAUAAGACAGUUUAACUGUUGUGCACUGAAAAAUAUUAACAAAUUUGUCUUUGGACUCCAAUGUAAGCUGACAAGGUGAGUUUAGACUUGAUAGACUGUCUAUUGAAAAACGUUAGCAAUUGUUCUGUAAUGUUGUAUCAACUAUAAUUUGAACAUUUUGGAUUUUCGCAAAAGUAAUUUUUGAUUUAGAAGUUAACUUUGCAGAUUGAAGAAUUGUAAACCAGCAAUAGAAAUGUGAGUGUUAAACAAUUAGUUAGUAGAAAAAUGCUUUUUCUUUUUUAAUUACUCAGAUUCCUCUUUUUUAAUUGGGUAGAAUCUGUUAAUCACUUAAUUUUGUUGUAAUUUAGUACACAUGCAAAAUAUGUUGCAUAUUACAGUGCAAACAAAAAUAAAUUACAGUUUUGUUGAGAUAUUUUUUAUACAAUGA